UCAGAAGAGGAUUUUAAAAAGUCUUUGAGGGGACGGCUACUGUGGAAAUCACACCAGGGCUGCCCAGGACGCCCUAGCAAGGCUGUUUCGAAAGCUGUCGACAGGUGUCGGGGGAGAGGCGCAGACUCAGCCCCAUUCUCACUUGCAGUCAGGAGGGAUAUUAAGUUGGCUCAGCAGAAAGAAACUACUACAGCGCCAUGGUGACCAGACUAAGUCAUCUGAGAAGACUCCUCCUCCUGGUGGGAACACUUCUUGCGGUUUCCCUCUUCACCGUGGCAGAGGACCAGGAGGCUGGAAAGGGGGUCACAUUCAGCCAUGUUUAUAAGAUUGGCACGGACUGCAAAGUGGGCUCCCAGGCCCUCCUCACUCAGGACCAGACCACCGACUCCCAGGGUGCACUGCAGGAGAUGACCGUGAAUGGAGAGAACGACGUUGUCUUCAGGCACAAUAUCCGCCUGCAAACGCCCUCCUGCAGCUGCUCGGACAACGAGGAGUUCCAGUCUUUGCUCUACCGUGUCAAUGGCUUGGAGGAGGAGGUCACGUACCUGAAGGCCCAGUGCGCCCAAGGCUGCUGCAAAUCAGCGGGUAUGGACACAAGCUGCAGUGGCCAUGGCACAUUCCAGCAGGACACGUGCAAAUGCCUGUGUGACCCUGGAUGGGAAGGACCUGACUGCUCUCUGUCGACCUGCCCUGAUGACUGCAAUGACAACGGGCGUUGUGUGGAUGGCCGCUGUGUGUGCCAUGUGGGCUACACUGGCGACGACUGCAGCCAGCUCCUCUGCCCCGACAACUGCAACGAUAAGGGCCACUGCGUGGACGGCAAGUGUGUCUGCUUCCCCCACUUCACCGGGGAGGACUGCAGCGUCCAGCGUUGUCCCAAUGACUGCAUCGGAAAUGGCCGUUGUGUAGACGGACGCUGCAUCUGCGAUGAGGGAUUCUUUGGCGAGGACUGCUCAUUGGUGAUGGGGCCAAAAUAUCUCCGUCUGCUGGAGGCAACCGAAAUGUCCCUGUUGGUGGAGUGGGACUUCGUCCAGGGUGCCGAGUACUAUGUGCUGACCUACCACCCAGAAGGAGACGAGGGAGCCAUGGUAACUGUGAACGUCCCCAACACUGAGAACAGUUACCUGAUCACUGGCCUUGUCUCGGGAGUCAACUACAUUGUACAGGUGUACGCUGUUAUCAAGGAGACGAAUAGUGAAACUGUCAGUCUGGAGGCCACCACAGUUGUUUCUGGAAUUGGCGACAUUCGUGUUUUGGGUCAGACAGAGGACUCCAUCCAAGUAGACUGGAAGAACCCAGAAGCUGACCUGGACUACUUCAGACUGACCCAUGCCAGCCCAGAUGGUCGUGAGGAGGAGCAGAGCGUGUCCAAGAGUGAGGAGGCUAGAACGAAGCACACCAUCGUGGGCCUGUUUCCUGGCACUGAGUAUCAGAUAACAGUACAGGCCAUUAAAGGGACGUCGGAGGGCAAGUCAUCAUCCGUUACAGGAACCACAGAUAUCGACUCCCCCUCCACCCUGGUGACAACAGCCGUUACGGAAAGCACUGCAUCCGUGUCGUGGGACAGAGUGCAGGCAGAGAUUGACGGCUACAUCCUGCAGUACGUUUCUGCUCUGGGUUCAAGCAAGGAGAUCUCUGUAGGGGCAGACACCACAGCCUACACGCUGACCGGCCUGAGGCCCGGAGUCGUCUACACCAUCUACGUCUGGGCCUUCAAGGGCUCUCGUGCCAGCAGGAAGAGCUCAACUGAGGCUGAGACGGACAUAGAUGCCCCUACUAACCUCUUGACCAGAGAGGUGACGGAAGAGUCUGCGCUGGUAUCGUGGGACAAGGUGCAGGCGGAGGUGGAUGGCUACAUGCUGAGCUACACCUCCCCUGAUGGCACCAGCCAGGAGAUUUCUGUAGGGGCAGAGAACACCCACAUGCUGACCGGCCUCAAACCAGGAGUCAUCUACACCAUCUACGUCUGGGCUAUCAAGGGCUCCCGUUCCAGCAAGAAGACAUCCACUGAGGCUGAGACAGACAUAGAUGCCCCUACUAACCUCUUGACCAGAGAGGUGACGGAAGAGUCUGCGCUGGUAUCGUGGAAUAAGGUGCAGGCGGAGGUGGACGGCUACAUGCUGAGCUACACCUCCCCUGAUGGCACCAGCCAGGAGGUCUUUGUAGGGCCAGACAACACCUAUAAGAUGGCCAACCUCAAACCAGGAGUUGUCUACACCAUCUACGUCUGGGCUGUGAAGGGCAAACGUGCCAGCAAGAAGACAUCCUCUAAGGCUGAGACAGACAUAGAUGCCCCUACUAACCUCUUGACCAGAGAGGUGACGGAAGAGUCUGCGCUGGUAUCGUGGAAUAAGGUGCAGGCGGAGGUGGACGGCUACAUGCUGAGCUACACCUCCCCUGAUGGCACCAGCCAGGAGGUCUUUGUAGGGCCAGACAACACCUAUAAGAUGGCCAACCUCAAACCAGGAGUCAUCUACACCAUCUACGUUUGGGCCACCAAGGGCUCCCGUUCCAGCAAGAAGACAUCCACUGAGGCUGAGACAGAAAUCGAUGCACCCAAAAACCUUAGAGCCUCUGAUGUACAGACCGAGUCGGCUGCUUUGAGCUGGACUGCUCCUCAGGCCGACAUUGAUGGCUACAUCCUGACAUACAGGCCAGAGGACGGCAGUAUGCAGACUGUUGAGAGGAAACUGAAGAGGAGAGAGAACAAAUUCUCCAUGAGUGGCCUGGCGAUGGGCAAGAGGUACAUAGUAACUCUGAUUGCCUACCGCGGAGCCAAGAGAAGCAGAGUGGUGGAGACCACGUUCAGCACAGUGGGCAUACAAUACCCCUUCCCUAUGGACUGCACUCAGCUCAUGAAGAAUGGCGAAAUGACCAGUGGUGUCUACACCAUCUACAUCAACAGUGAUCGCAGCAGACCUAUACAGGUGUAUUGUGACAUGACCACCGAUGGAGGCGGAUGGCUGGUGUUCCAGAGACGUAACACUGGAAAACUGGACUUCAUGAAGCGCUGGAGGCAGUACAUAGCUGGCUUUGGCGAGCUGACCGACGAGUUCUGGCUCGGCCUGGAGAAGAUCUAUGAGCUGACCAACACCCCAACUCGGUAUGAAGUGCGCUUCGACUUGGGCCUGGGCUCAGAGAAGGUCUAUGCCGUCUAUGACUACUUCAAGCUUGGUUCAGCCAAGCAGAAGUUUACACUGACUGUUGGCAAUUACAGAGGCAAUGCAGGGGAUGCUAUGACCUACCACCAGGGAAGGAACUUCACCACUAUGGACAAUGACAAUGACAUUGCUCUGAGUAACUGUGCUAUCAUGCAUCGCGGUGCUUGGUGGUACAAGAACUGCCACCUCGCUAACCUCAAUGGCAAAUUCGGAGACAACAGGCACAGUAUGGGAGUCAACUGGGAGCCGUGGAAGGGUCACCUCAUGUCCCUGGACUUCAGCGAGAUCAAAAUCCGACCAGCGAGCUUGGCCAGUCGGAAGAGGAGAUCACUGAUGGCCAAGGAGAGGAAACGGUUGGCUUAGACUGAAUGAGCAAAACAGUCCAGCAGGCAAGAAGCCCAGGAAACAUGCGUACCUACACACACAUUUGUUCAAAACAAGAGAGACAAAAACGAGGCGUUUUUGUAACUCUUUGCAAUACUGUAGAACUUUUUAUCUUGUCUUGAACCUUAUGCAUACAUAUUUUUAAAUAGGAUUUUUUUGUAUCAUAAUUCUUUAUUUUAUAUAAAUAGAUUCACUAUGACAAAUUGUAUUUUGUAACACAGGGGCAUUCUUAAACAUGGACAGUGAUGUUCUUUCAAUGUCUGUCUACAUUACUCUUUCCGAUAACACAAUGUUGUUAAAUACUGUAGUAUAAUGAGUCAUUCAUGUCAACAUCAGCCGCUAGUCAACAUGUUUUACGUAAAAGACUGAUACUGUAUGAAAAUAAUGUUACUAUGGACAAUACUUCAAAGCAUUCACAGCAAUGUCUUUUUUGCCGUGUUUGCAACCAUUUGUGUCCUACAAUUAUGGCCCACUCCACAGCCGAACGGCAUGUGUUAGAGAAUGUUGUAUGAUAUCAUGUAAACCUCAACCUAUGAUUGUAAGUUCUGGUGUGUACUGUAGUUGUACUAUAUUUGUGCCACGCGACUGUGCCACACUAUUUCACAGAAAUAAAGUGUCCUGAAAUGGA